AUGUCUUCUCUCAAGUUCACCGCCUUGGCCUUUGUGGCUCUCUUCAUGCUGCUCUCAGGUAAAUACACUUUAGACGUCACUGUCCUCAGAACAUCAGACCAGAGCCAGGACCAGAGCCAGGACCAGAGCCUGAAGCUGCUCCUCUUCCUCCUCAAGCUGCUCCUCUUCCUCCUCAAGCUGCUCCUCUUCCUCCUCAAGCUGCUCCUCUUCCUCCUCAAGCUGCUGAGGGUCCACUUGCAAGAGAGAAGAGAAUUUUUUGGCUGCUCGGCUGAAGACACGUCUCACAACAUGCCCUGA